AUGUCAGCCGAGAAACGUCAUGCGGCGGACGCUGGCGCAACCGAGCGUCAAGUGUCCAACAGCACUCAAGCCGAGGAUGAGGCAGUCCGGGUGAGGAAGCCAUGGUGGCAACCAGUCGUCGAGGCGGGUUCUGCGGUGCAAAUCGUCAUUGCCGCCGUUCUUGCCAUCGCCAUCGGAGUGGCUGUCAGUUAUACUGUCGCCGACAUUCCUGCCGCAGCCGUGACACUUGUCGGCAUCCCGGGCAGGCUAUGGCUGCGUGCGUUGAGAGCCUGCGUCCUCCCCUUGAUCGUCACGGCUAUUGUUCUCGCCGUACAACGGCUGAAGAAAAUGUCGGGCGGCGGUCAGAAGCUCGCGAGGGUUACCAUCAUCUAUUACGUUGCUACGACACUUCUGGCCAUCGUCAUCAGCACCAUCCUGACCGAUUUGGUCUGGGGGCGACUGAUGCAGACAGUUGGAGAGGCCAGUCUUACAGUGGACGCGGACGACGCGGAAAUAUACGAAGAGCGGAAGGCGGUCGCCAUCCACACGGUGGUCCAGGACAUGUUCGACUCGCUGAUACCGCAGAACGUGGUCAAAUCUCUGGCCGACGACGCCUUGCUCGGCAUCCUCGUGACCGCCGUUGUGGUUGGUUACUUGCUCAAGCCGACGUCGCACAUUGUGCGGGCAUUGGAGGAGAUCGAGGAGCUGAUCACCAAGAUCAUCACGUUCCUGAUCAAGAUUGCGCCCAUCGGCGUCUUCUUCUUGAUUCUGCCAAACCUGUUCCGCCUGGACAUCCGAGAUAUCGGCCACAACCUCGGCAUUCUCAUUGGAGGCGGCGUCACGAACAUGUUCCUGCAUCUCUUCAUCGUCCUGCCAUUGAUUUUCUUCGGCUUCACGCGCAAAAACCCUUUCGCGUACUGGAUGAAGUGUUCCCCCGCCUGGCUCACCGCUUGGGGCUCUGCCUCGUCCGCGGCAACGCUGCCUGUCUCGAUGAAGUGCGUGGCGGCACGGGGCGUCCCCUACACGGUCAACAAAUUCACCGUGCCCUUGGGUUGCCUGGUCAACAUGGACGGGACAGCCAUCUACUUCCCCCUGUGCGUCGUCUUUUUGGCCCGGACGCAAGGUCUCAGCCUGACGCCCGCCGACUACACUAUUGUUUGCCUGCUGUCGACGUUGGCCUCCAUUGGCACAACACCCAUCCCCAGCUCGUCUCUUGUCCUGACCGUCAUGAUCGCACAGAGCGUCAAUGUUCCCAUCACGGGCAUGUACGGCGUCAUUAUCGCGAUCGACUGGUUCCUGGACCGUUUCCGCACCGCCGUUAAUGUCAGCGGCGAUUUGUACGCCGCGGCCGUCAUCACUAAGAUCACCGGUGUCGUGGACCCCCCGGAACAUGAAGAGGAUGGUGAAGUGGGGGAAGUGAGCGACAACAGCCAGAGGGUUUAA